AUGAAACCUCCAAACCGAGCAUGCCGCACGUGUAAGCAGCGUCGCGUCAAGUGCGACGAAGCACAACCGGUCUGCAAUCGAUGUCAAAAAUCAAACCUCGUAUGUCACAGGGCCGAAGAGCGCAAACUCAUCUUCCUGGACGAGAACGAAUACGCCGUUGGCAAGCGGAAACGACCUCGUGGACCGAACACGAAAACGGCUGCAGUAUGCAUCAUUCGAGACACGACCAAAUCGAGAUCCAAGCUCAGCCCCAAGAACGUCAUAUCAAAGAACCCCAAAGUACCUUCGAGAUACCCGAAAGAUGUCGAGAAUGUUGUCUUACUCCCAACGCCGCCUCCUGAGGCCCAGAGAUCCUCCAUCCCCCUGGCCCUCACCACUCCCUUAACCGAGCAAGCCCUUACCUACUAUUCCCGCUGCUACAUCGAAUCGCCCCCGAAUCUCCCUGAAAUUGCUGAUGGUCACCUAUCCCACGUUUUAGUCUCGUCCUGCUUCUCGCACCCGCAUUCAGUCCUCAGCCUCGCUAUCGCCGCCGUCUCCCAUGCGACCUUCGGGCGGGCGCGUAGGAGUCCUGCCGCCCUCGCUGUUGGCCGCAGCACAUACUCAAAAGCGUUGACGAAAACAAACCAGGCGCUGCGAGAUGUGGACGGCGUGGUGAUGGAUGAAGUGUUGCUUGCGGUCAUGCUACUCAGCUUUUAUGAGAACUCAGUUACGGAGAGGAGCCUGGGGAAGAAGGCUGAGACGAACUCUAACGUUGUGAAGGAGGAGAAAUGCAGCGGGAUUGAGGAUAUAGCAGCACGCAGUUUCGCGCACCACGAUGGCGCAAUGGCCGUGUUGAGUUUACGACGCCAGUCAGCUCCCCGCAGGAUGAAAAGUCUAGAGCUGGACAAGCUGGUGCGACGGCAGCUGCUGAGGUCUUUGUUAUUGAGGAGCAUGCCGGUCCCGCCUUGGCUGCGAGAUGGCGAGAAGUUCGGAGAGUGUGGGAUCGCGCUCGGCCUGGAUAGGGGUAUGGUGGAAACGGCAUCCCUGCGCUAUCAAAUUAGUACCAUCGCUGAGGACUCCUCCGCGGGACUUUUAUUGUUGGGAAGGCACGAAGAGAUGAUGAGACUUAGGCGGCUGCUGGUAGGAGCUCAGGCGCUAGAUGAUUUGUUGGUGCUUUGGACGAACAAUUUACCGCCCCAGGACUGCUACAAUACCUUUGUUGUAGAAAGAGAAGGCACAGAUAAAGUUGGCAACAUGGUCUUCGAUAGCACUGUCCACGUAUACCCUACAGUAGGCCACGCGGGGAUGUGGAACCGGUAUCGUGCCCUUCGACUGACAGUCAACGACAACAAGCUCAAAAUCCUCUCCAUCCUUGCUAGAUUUCCACACGUCGACACGGCCUCUCUAACAGGAGCGACCCACUUGAAGAUCCAGCAACUUGCUGACGAUCUUUGCGCCAGCGUGCCGUACAUGCUCGGUCUACUUGAGAACAGUCGAGAAACUGAUGGCGUCGCCAUUAUUACAUGCAAAGACCUAGGAUCCCUAAAAGGCGCCGUCAAAGGCGCCACGGCCUCAUUCCUUUGCUGGCCACUGACAAUGGCGACUAUGGUCUCAUCAAUACCAGCACAGCACCAGCGAUACCUUCGAGACCGCUUACUCGACGUGAGCGAGAUCGUUGACGAUGGUGUAUUGGAACGAGUUGCGGAUGGCUUCUCCUCUCCAUCGCCAAAUCCUACGGAGACGCAUGUGUUUGUAACAGCGCUUCAAAGUGCUGACUUGGGUAUACACAAACACUUCCCCUGGACUGCUCGGUCUAGCACUGGAUUCGACCUGCUACCUGGCUUGUCGAGUUGGAAGACAUAGAGAUUCGGGAUGCUCUGGUCAAUAACCGAUCCGCAAUGUCCCGAACAUCGCAACAAUAUACAUUGCUGCGCCAUGUCACGAUGCGACGGUGGUGUAGUACGGUGACAAAUGUCUACCGUGGACUCAUGAGAGUCAAAACGCAGCUUACGAUAAUGGCUACCAACCAACCAGGAACCUCACCACUACUCAGUUGUGCAUUAUAGCUCCCGCCGAACCAAUGUACAAGCUACUGAAGCGACCAGCUCGGCAAGUUAAAGAUAUAGAAAACAAGAAUUAGAUAUCAUGUAACAACAAUACACUCUCCUCUAGACAC